AUGUCGACAUCUGAUCAUCCAGAGUCAGAUGGUCAGACGGAACGUGCCAAUCGUGUCCUUGAAGAGAUACUUCGAGGAUACGUACACUCCUUUAAGAGUUGGAGUGAGUUCUUGCCAAUGGUAGAGUUUGCCAUUAACAACUCGGUGCAUGCGUCCACGACACAUACACCGUUUUACGUGAAUGGCUUGCGCCAUCCGCGUGUACCCACCUUACUAGAGUGUAACUCUGUUUUAAGGGGGGGAGGGACUCGCGCGAGCAAAAACCGAAUUGGUUCACGCUCAUCACGCUCUGACGAAGAAAUCAUUGCGUUUGAUGCCGAUAUCGAUAACAUCGAUAUCGAAGAAAACGAUGCCAGUGAGAGUGCUGAAGCCCUCACGGAAGAAGAUGAUCCCAGUGAGAGUGCGGUAGCCCUCACUGAAGAAAAGAUUGAUGUUGCUGCAGUGCGCUCACAGCACACUGAAGCUAACGAGUCAUCAGAUGAGUUCAUACUGGCUCGUGAAACGGUAGUCCGUUUUGUGCAAGACUCCAUUGCCGAAGCGGUGGAUAAGCAAAAGCAAACCGUAGACAAGAAUGGAAGGGCAAACACUCUUUUAUUUAAUAAAGGUGACUUAGUACUACUGUCUACGGUUAACCUACCAAAGCAUGUAGUGACUAACUUGGGUAGCAGUAAACUACUACCCAAGUACAUCGGCCCAUUUCGUGUAUUGCACCGCCUAGGCAAUGCAUACACGAUCGAGUUACCACGUAAGAUGCGAACGCAUCCCACGUUUUACGUUGGUCGGCUUAAGCCGUACCAUCAGUACGCUGCUUCUUCCGAUGAAGAACGCCCUUGCGCUCAAGCAUCUCGCAGAGAGCCUUGUGCUCCCGAUGGUGGGCAUCGACAAGGUUCUGAAGAGCAGUUAUCUCAGCCCGAGACCGAUCAACAAUCCCACGAGCUACCCUUAGCUCGUCACGAAGAGAUGUCAGAGAUCUCUCGUUCUCAAGCUGAGCUAAGGCAAACUCAGCUCGAUGUUACGAGGCAGUGGCCGCCAUUUGGAGACGCCUAUUCCGCUCAUGCUCGAGAUCGUCGCGUAACCCUUGCGUUACGCGAUCAAAGAAGCUCUCGGGAACACACCGAUCCACAUGAUCGUGUGGAGAGCGUCUUUCCUCCUCCUCCACCUCCAUUAGAGGACUCUCGCGGUGGCCAGCGCUAUCUAGUUGAGCGGCUGUUGAACCACCGCGACGUGAACGGACUUCGGACGAGUUAUCUCAUCCGGUGGCGCGGCUAUCCCCCGUCCUGGGAUUCUUGGGAGCCCCGCUCCCAACUGAUGAUCGACGUACUGGGUCUGGUUGAGCAGUACGACGCGGCACAUCCUGUGCCGCAGAAGGACCGCCGGAGAAAGUCUUCCCGGCACGGUCGUAAAGGGAUUUCAGAUUGUCAAUCCCUUCGUACAUCUCAGUAG